AUGGUGAAGAAAACUGGCAAGCCAGGAAACUCGACUCGUGCGAAAGCGCUUGUUUCCAUGGCCCAGCAAGCGUCGCAAAAGUAUCUCGAGGAAAUCGACGUCAACAUGGGAGAUGGCUACUCGCUCGUUUACGAAAAACCUUCGGAGGAGUCAAUUAACUACGCUUUCGAACUUACAAAGCAAAACAUGCAGGAGCUCUACGAACAGGCACCCGAGUGGGGCUGGCAUGACGACGAGAAAAUGAAAGAAAUUAAAAGCGCGAAGCAGCAUACGCUGUUUGUUCAUCACGAAGGUCAACGCCGUGGAAUCUGUUGCCUUCGCUGGCUCACCGAAAACAAUGAGCCCGUGCUUUACCUGUACGAAAUUCAGCUUGAAGCAUCUGCCUGUCGCUUUGGCCUUGGGACGAAAAUCAUGACAUUGGUCGAGAAGUUGGCGAGCAAAUCACGAAUGCAAAAAGUCGUGUUGACAGUUUUGAUAAAUAAUGUCGCCGCUGUCGAGUUUUAUAGAAAACUCAAUUACACGAAUAAUGAAAAGUUGGACAAGACCUUCAGCUACAGAAUUCUGUCAAAGAAAAUCAAGCCAGAUGGCGACGUAGAGCUGAAAUACCAAGCCUAG